UCCUGUCAGCAUUUGCUCGGGUCGGGUCAACCCGCCUGAACAUGCUAGAUUUCGAUUUCGCUUUCGCUUUCCUUUACAUGGUUCUGCAUGCCACCAUGGGCUUGGCGCCUGUAUGCAUCUUGCACAUGCGUCGUUUCUUGUAGCCCAUCUCAAAGAUCGGACGGUCCUGUUCGAGGCUUGAGAGUGUUCUUCUGCAUAUGUUAGAAGAUGGCCGAAAUGAUCGGUUGGCCGUGAGAUGCAUAUGAGAAAAAUAGCUUUCUUUCGUUGCAGAAAUGGGGGGAAAUUCGGAUUCAGGUUUCUGAAUACUGUAUCUCAAGUGUUCGAUGGAAUUUCACGGCAGGAAAUCUUAUUGCAAAAUAAAAGAAUUAGUGGGUAUUUUAAAUCCGGUUUGGUUGAUGCUGCACGGCAAGUGUUUGAUCAAAUGCAGGAGAGAGAUGUGAUCACAUGGAACUCGAUGAUCUCGGGAUACCGCCGACAUGGGCUCAUAGAAGAAGCUCUUGAAUUGUACCUAUGCAUGAAUCGUGCGGGAAUCAAGGGUAACACGUCAACUUUUAGUAGUGUUCUUGGUGUCUGUAAUGAUGCUGGGGCUGUAGAGUUAGGAUCCCAGGUUCACUGCCUGAGUAUACUUCUUGGGUUUGAGUCGAGUUUGUUUGUUGGCUCUGCUCUUGUUGAAUUUUACAUGCAGAGCUCGGAAGUCGCUGAUGCAGUCAAAGUGUUUGGCUUGUUGCCAGAGAGGAAUUUAGCAACUUGGAACUCAGUGUUGUCUGGAUUUAGCAGAAAUGGUCGGACAGGUGAAUUGUUUGACAUGUUAGUUGAGAUGCGGGCGACAGGCGUGGAGCCGAAUGCACUAAGCUAUUGUUAUGUCAUUCAUGGUUGUGAUCAUGAAGGUGUCUUGGACCAGGGAAGACAAGUGCAGUGUCACAUGAUCAAAUCUGGAUUAGCUGAAUCGAAUUUGUUCGUGGCUAAUGGUUUAGUUGACAUGUAUUCUUCUUGUGGCUGCCUCAAUGAAGCCAUCAAGUCGUUCGAGGUAAUACAGUUUCAAGAUGUCAUCUCUUGGAAUUCUAUUGUUUCAAUCCAUGCAAGUCAUGCGUAUAGAUUCAGGGCCUUUGACUUGUUCAGCCAGAUGCGUCAAUGGGGGAAGAGUCCCACAGUCCGUUCACUUAUCGAACUCCUGAACUCCAGUGGCAGCACCCAAAGCAUUCAACUUGGGGAACAGAUACAUGGACAAAUAAUCAGUCUAGGAUUCAAUGGCAGUGUUCAUAUUCGAUCAGCUCUAAUCAGUAUGUAUGGCAAGUGCAAAGACAUGAGAAGUUUUGAGAGGUUGUUUGAUGAAAUUGCACGAAGAAACUUGGUCUGCUAUAAUGCUCUUAUAUCUUCAUAUGCAGUGAGCAGUCUUCACGAAAAUGCAAUUGAAACAUUUAAGAUAAUGCUUAAAGAAAAGCAUGGACCUGAUCAGUUCACCAUAUCGGCAAUUCUCAAAUCAUGCACUUCCAUGGCAGCAUCGGAAUACAGUGAACAGUUUCACUGUUAUGUGUUAAAAAGUGGAUUAUUCAGCCACAUGGCUGUAUCUGUUUCCCUGAUUGACUCGUACUCGAAAUCGGGAAGAACUGAGAUCUCACAACAAAUUUUUCAUGAUAUGUCUGAAUUAACUACAACCUCAGUCACUGCAAUCAUAUCAGCUUAUGCUCGAAAUGGGUUAGGCAGGGAAGCACUUGAAUUAUUCGAAUACAUGCUACUGAAUGGAUUAGCGCCAGAUGAUGUGACUCUUCUAGCAGUGCUGUCAGCAUGUAACCAUGCAGGACUUGUAGAGGAGGGACUGGCAAUUUUUGAGUCCAUGAGUACAUGCUAUGAAAUUACUCCUGAUCAACGGCAUUAUUCAUGUAUUAUUAAUCUUCUGGGACGAGCAGGAAUGUUAGAAGAAGCAGAAGAAUUGAUGAACGCAUCACCAAUUGAAGGUGAUGCAAAGCUUUGGACUGCAAUCUUGGGGGCUUGUAGGAUUUAUGGAAAUCUUGAGGUUGGUGAACGAGCUGCUUUAGCUUUGAUGGAAUUGGAGCCUGAAUCUCCUGCAACUUACUUGCAAAUGUGUGAUUUGUACAAUGCGAGUGGGGAUUUGGAGAUUGCUGCUAAAAUUAGAUGUUUGAAUAUGACAAAGCAGGGAAGAAAAGAUUGUGGUUACAGUUUGAUUGGGAUAAGGGGAUAACAAACAAAAAAUUUACUUCCACUUCCAAACUGCAAUUUAAAAAAAAAUGUCUUUUUUUAAUUUGUAAAUUACUAUAUUUGCCAAUAAUAUAUUUAUCCCUCUGGGAAUUCUAGGCUUC